CGUUGGAACAAAGGCGCUUCUUUGGCCGAUCGUUGAAUGUGGGGCGAGCAUAUUUAGUUACAGGCUUAAAAUCACUCUCUGGGAUGUCUUUCCACACCUGCAGAAUUUCACUGCGAACCAAGUUGAUUGAAUGAAAAGCGGGAGCAGAGGAUGUCCAUUUCUGUCAAAGAUCGAUGACAUAUUGAUAUAUGUGAUAGGGUUAAUAGUUACUGCGAGGUCGAAUUUGGAAACCGAUGCGCUGAGAACAUGCGUCAGUGGCCGUUUCUCUUGCGGUCUCUCCCGUAUGCUGCGCUUUUCCGGUCAAAAUAUUGGUUUGCUGGUGUCAUCUGAAUGCGUUAGUUGUAUUUCUAUGGUGGCUACUGCUUGUUGUCACUUUCAACAUGUUUUUUGCCCAGCCGCUCUGGUGGUUUGCCAACGCCAUCCAGAUUGGGUUUCUGCGCAUCGCGUUGGGUGAGAGCAUGGCCUUGACUAUAUGUGUCAGUGCAAGGAUUGACCAGCAUGGGGCAGCCGCGGUUUCAACCUGCAGCGUUGUCAGUACUGUCUGUUUAAGACUGACUGCAGCGCUCCCCCAGUCCCCCUUCCCCUUCCCUCCCCUAUCACUGUACACGAAAUAGGGGACACUGUUCACCCUUUGAGGCCGCAGCUAGGGGUGGUAAUGGGCUAUAAACUUUACACUGCAAAUUUUAAGGGUCGAAUCGGAUUAGGAUCGGGCCUUAUUCUUAUUCAUUUUUGAACUAAUAUUAUUUGAGGGCCUUAACUUUUUGUGAAGAAGCAUUUGGAUCGUGAUCCAUUACCACCCCUAGCCGCAGCGCUCGCUGCUACCCGCCCCCUCCGCCGCGACCCUCCUCUCUCUCAGGCUAUCCGCAUCGGUUCCCCCUAAAAUUUUCCCCCUAUAUCACUUUUUUGCGUCACAUCAUCAACAUUUCACCCUCUAUUUUUUCAUCUCCCGCAGCGGUUCCCCCUAAAUACUCCCCCUAUACCCAACUACAACUAUAAAAUAUCAUUUUCUAUAUCUACUAUCAAUUUUUUAUCUACUAACAAUUACUCGUGGACCCACAGCACGGUGUCGUAGGGGAUGAACAGUGAACCCCUGGAUUGAGGGGGAGAGAGAAGGGGACCGCGCGCUAGGGGGCUCGGUAGAGCUGGCCGUUGCAGGUGGUAGAGGGCAACUGUUGCCCCUAGCGCAUGAAUAGUAAUAGGGGAGGGAGGGUAUAGAGUGCACCAUUGCAGUUAGUCUCACGCCAGAUGCAGGGCGUCACUGUGCACCCCCCUCGCCUGCUUCACGCGGAAGACUCCGCCCGCGCCACCGACCGGAACCUUCGUGCUCCUCUUCUCUCCCGUUCGAGGCGUCUGCGAUUCGGCGAUUUCCGGCGAGGCGGCGGCGAUUCCUCCGCGGGAAGGUUGCGUCCGCGCCGGUCCCCGUCGGGUCUGUGGAAGACGAAGUGGAGGUGGUGAGCAACCAGCUCCGGUCGCGACCGAAGACGAAGCAGCCGGAAAUCCGACUCCAUCGAGGUUCCUCGCGAGCGCUUGCUUCGUUUGCCGCUCCGAGCAUCGACGCGUUCCUCGGAUCCGGAAAUCUUCGCUUCGAUUCCUCUUAUUUCCGCCCAAAUCUUCGGAUCUUCAGGUACGCCCUUCGACUCCUAAUGUUUCUGUUCUUCUUGCGCACAUCUUUGAUGAACUAAUUACUACACCAAUCAACUAAUCCUUUCAACCAUAAUUGAUUUCAUCCGACAACACCCGAUUUAUCCCCGGUUCAAAGAACUCCACGGAUCUGGUGUGCCUUUUAGGGUUACACAUUUCUAUGGUACUCACCCGCUGAAUAACCUCCAUAUUAACUGGAACGAAUGGUAGUGCAAAGUAUUACGGCCUAAUGGUCUGCAGAUUGCAUUAAUUUGUAAUCCGUACACUACGGCUUCACUUCGAUAGUGCCUAAAACUGUCAAGUCUUGUGCGAAUAAAUUUUGGAUCCCCACUGUCCAGAACAACAGCUCAUUUUACUAAAGUACCAGAAAGAUUCAUCGUAGGGUCAGGCGAAAUGUGUUACCUUAGCCAACCAAGGGUAAUGGUCAUUGUUUAUUAAACUUCUUAAAACUGUCAUGAACAUAUCAGAGGGUCCAUUACUUCCUUAGUUAGUAUGAAUCUUGUUCAUUAUAAUUGUUAGGUGUAUGUCGUCCCUUAUUGUAUUCCUCUACUUCAUCCUAAAUUUUUUGUCACCCUUGUAUACGACUAGAGGAUACAUAAAUAUUGUGGACCUUCAUAUAGUUGGUUUGUAUAUUGUUACAACAACUACUUUAUGUUUUGUUGUAGUAAUGUGUACAACCCUCACCUUUUUCACAAUAUCUGUCCAUGAACAUUUUGUUUUGUUCAGCAACUUAUGGUAUGAGCACACAGUUCUUUAUUAUGUAAAUUAUGUUUCUGCUUACAUGGAGUACAUUGCUUGUUUUUUUGUAUCCUUCAAUGUUUUGUACAACCCUCACAUUAAAGUUAUGUUUCUGCUUACAUGGAGUGCAUUGCUUGUUUUUUGUAUCCUUCAAUGUUUUCUACAACCCUGACAUUAAAGUUUUGUUUCUGCUUUACAUGGAGUGCAUUGCUUGUAUAUUCUAUCCAUGAACUAACGAUACAACAAGUUUCUAUAUGUCAAUAGCCAGCAAUGAUAAACAUCUCUAUACACUACUACUCAAUUUUAUUUAAUUUUCAUUGUCACACGUUGCCCUUACCAGUCAUAACAUUUUCAGUGUUAUACUUCAGUACAUUUGUUAUGUUCCUUCCUGCUAUAUGACUGCUACAUUUCAAAUCAUUACAUGUCGCAGCCAACAAAUUUGUUAAUGGUUUUGGGAAGUAUUUAAUUCGUAUAGCCUUUAUGGUAUAUAAGGAAAUGCACGUGUUUGUUCAUAUAUUAUUCUUUGCAGCACAGUUCCGAAUGGCAUCCUCGAAAGAAGAUACCAUGAAGUCUUUGGUUAAAGUACUUGUCGACUGUGCUGAGGAUGCCACAAAAUCCCUUCGUGGAUUAGUAGAUCAUGCAUUAGACCACAUGCAUGACGAAGAGAUAUUAGCUAGAACCCUCUUUGCCAUGAAAGAAAAACUUGAUUUGCUUCACCAAGAUGCCUUAGAGGCUAAAGUCCAAGCUUUUCCUGAAAUUGCUAAGUACGAGGGGGAUGACAUAAGUGUUGAACCGACAUCUCCUUCGACCCCUCCAACAGUUACUGAACCAUCUGUCGACGAAGAGGAGUUCUACUGCCCGGAUGUGAGUGAUGAGUGGUACUUCAGCGACUCAGAUAGGUCAACUCGUAAUAGCUACUGGAAUAUUUAUUAGCUCCAUGUAUUCCACCAGUAGAAGCAGGAUAGCCUUUUGAACAUCCAAGUACUCGGGGUGUCCUACUUGUCAUGUUGUCGAACUAAUCCUGUGAUGUAUGUCUAAGUCUCAAUGCUACCUCGUGAACUUAAGUUAGUAUGAUGUUAAGAUCCUUCUAGUAUGUGAACUCUGGUGACUCUAAAAUGUUCUAAUGCUGCUGUUCGUCGUGAAUAAGUUCAAGACAUGAUUAUAUUAUUAUUAUCGUUGUUCAUAUGCUUUGUCUGAUGUUUAUGUACCUCGUUUUGUCGAUUGGCUUCACUUUAUAACAUAUGACUAAAUGUGUGCCAUCUCCACAUAUCCUAGCAUGGACCCUGCCAACAAUGCGACAUCGUCGCAGGCGAUGUCAAAUCCCUCAAAUGCCCAGCAAUUUCCCCCCCCCACCCCCUUUAUGGCCAACGGGCUACAUGCACCAGAAUCCUGUCGAUUGCAACAUCAUGGGAAACAUUAAUUUUCCUAGUCCUGGUCAAGGUCCAACUACAAUGUGGGCUCCAAUUCAGCCAGGGAAUACUAGUUCCCAAUCUACCAUGAUUCCUGCUCCGCAAUCUGCACUCUAUUGGAAUCACUACAUGAAUUUUGUGAGGAACCCUCUUGGUUCAGUUGGAGUGAGUCCAUACACAGAUUCUUAUCCUGCAUCACAUACAAGUACACCGUUGCAGGGUUCGAACACUAUACAUCAAUUGCCUGUAAACUUGGAGUCAGAUGCUGAACACAGUGUUCAGGACAUCAAUAGUCCAGGGAAAAAUGCACCUCCUGUUCAAAAGCAAAAGAAAUCCAAGGAACAAAACUUUACAGCACCAGAAGACAUACUCCUUUGUUCUACAUGGUUGCAAAUAAGUAGUGACCCUAUUGUCCAUACUGGACAAAGGAGGGAAGGUCUUUGGGCCAGAAUUGAAAAAAGGUACAAUGAACAAAGGGGGGAAUUUCCUUGUAGACUUAACAGAGCACUUAGCAGCAGAUGGGACAAGAUCAGGGCUGAUGUCAGUAAAUUCUCUGGAUACUACGCUAGAGUCCUAAGAGAGAAACAAAGUGGUAUAAGUGACGAGGAUAAGACGUCGAAGGCAGCUACUUUGUUCGCUCAUGAGGAGAACAAACCAUUCCAUUAUAUGCACUGCUGGCAUAAAUUGAAGGGGGAACCGAAAUGGGAGAGCAUAUGUCAAGGACAUUCGUUUAGAGGAUUACAUGCAAGAUCAAUACCAUCUUCGGGGUGUCCAUCAGUGGAAGCACCAGAGACUGACAGUGGGUCGGCUGGGUUGACAGGAAAAAGGCCCCGUGGGCGUGAUUACAGUAAAGUUGAAAGAAAGAAAGGUGCAUCAUCUUCGUCUCCUGAAUACUUAAGCUGACUACAAGAAAUUACUGAAAAACAAAUACAGAGGUCCAUAGAAAAAGGGAAAAAAAGAAAAGAGCAGUGAAGAAGACAGGGAGAUACAGAAGAAGAGAUUGGAAUUGGAAGCACAAAAGUUAAGCAUUCGACAAAGGGAACUCAAACUUGAAGAACUCGAAUUGGCAAACAAACGUUUGCAGAUGCUUCUGUCGACAAACGAAGAAGAUGUUGAUCCUGAAGUUUGGAUAAUCAUGAAGGAACAGAAAAAAAAUUACAGCGGUUUAUAUUUACUUUUGAGGCAUCCUGAACGGUUCUGUUACAUUUGCGCGAGAGUGCUGUUGAGACUUGUUGAGACAAUUUAUCUUAGUUCCUUUAAGAAACUUUUUUUAGAACACUAUUUGUUUGGUCGAACCAGUCUAUGUUAAGUUGUUUCCUGUUGUAUUAGACAAUAAUGAA